AUGGAGGAGUUGGGCGAUGCAGAGCAGCCACCUGUGACAAGUGUCCAGUUGAGUCCUGGAGACCCCGACUUCGAGGACUUCUCCUGCGAUGGCGACCAGGCCGCGUUCUUGACGCACUGCCAUGCCUUGACGGCUGGCAGGGAGAUCCCAAAGCACCAGGUGCUCCAGGAUGCUGCAAGCAUUCUCGACCUUGAGAUCGACUCUGGUGACCGAAGCAUCUACUCCUAUCCGGAGUUGCAUCAGAAGUUCCCGAAUGUCCGUCAACUGCUCUACAAAACGGUGGACUGCCGGCGCGUGAUCUAUGAUUUGAGGGGCUUCGGCAUGUGCAGGACCUUGAAAAGCCUCAAGCUUCAGCUGUCCUUCCAGACCAUGUGCGAGGAUGAGCCAUCCAAAUGUGGAGUCACAGCUCUCGAGCCUCUAGCCGGAACGCUGGAAGUGUUGGAGAUAGGUCGCUUGCGGUUCAACGUGGCCAGCGACUUGGAGGUUCUGAAGAGGUUCCACAAGCUCCGUGUGCUGAAAUAUCACGGGGUUAAUGAGGGAGGCCGAGAGCCAUCUGUGCUGGAUCUUCGUGGGCUCAGCUCCUUGCAGGACUUGGAGUUCACAGAAGCUUCAUUUACGGCUGAGACGGCUGCCGCAGAUGCCGAGGACGACUCUGAAGACGACAACCCAAUCAUGCGUAUGCUCCAUCCGAAGACAUUCAUGCAGGCGCUCGUUCUUCCAGAUCAUCUCCCUUGCGUCACCUUCAGGCACCAGUAUGGCUCGAGAAUAACCCCAGAGCUGCGCCAGCUCCUGCGCACUCACGGAUGCGAGUGCAAGGAGUAUGUGCCGAAAGAGAUGGUUGGAAGCGGCACGCUCAACAUG